GGCUUCGCCUACACACCUCCUCACUCAUCCCCAUAUCUCCACUACUCUCUCUCCUCCCCCGUUUUCUCUCUCUCCCUAAACAUAAGCGACAAUGUCGACUAUGCUCUGUUUCCUUACUCUGCUGAUGACUAUUUCCCUGCUCGUACUCUCCCACCGAGCGGACGCCCGCGUGCCGGGAGUCUACGCGGGCGGCCCCUGGCAGAGCGCCCACGCCACCUUCUACGGCGGCAGCGACGCCUCCGGCACCAUGGGGGGUGCAUGCGGGUAUGGGAAUUUGUAUAGCGAGGGAUACGGGGUGGAGACGGCGGCGCUGAGCACGGCGCUGUUCAACUCGGGGGAGAGCUGCGGGGCGUGCUUCGAGCUGAAAUGCGCGGACGACCCGCGGUGGUGCCACGCCGGCAGCCCCUCCAUCCUCAUCACCGCCACCAACUUCUGCCCCCCCAACUACGCCCUCCCCUCCGACGACGGCGGCUGGUGCAAUCCCCCGCGCCCCCACUUCGACCUCGCCAUGCCCAUGUUCCUCAGGAUCGCCGAGUACCGUGCCGGCAUCGUCCCCGUCUCCUACCGCAGGGUGCCGUGCCGGAAGGCGGGCGGGAUCCGGUUCACGAUAAACGGGUUCCGGUACUUCAAUUUGGUACUGAUCACGAACGUGGCCGGUUCGGGGGACGUGGUGCGAGUGAGCGUGAAGGGGUCGCGGACUGAUUGGAUGGCGAUGAGCCGGAACUGGGGCCAGAAUUGGCAGUCCAAUGCAGUACUGGUGGGACAAUCCCUCUCCUUCCGCGUCACUGCGGGUGACCGCCGCACCUCCACCUCCUGGAACGCCGUCGCCGCCAACUGGCAAUUCGGCCAAACCUUCGUGGGCAAAAAUUUUCGAUUCUAAUUAAUUUUUUUUAAGAAUAAUCUGGGAGAAUUUUCGAAC